AUUUGUGUGUCAAAAGUAAAAUCGUUCAUCAUGCCUUUUCAUAAAUACCCGCCCAAGAUUUGGGAUGCUCUGAAAAUGAAGCAAGGCAUCUAUGCACGUCUCCCUGCACAUUACCUCAAGUCCCUGGACCAGGGAGAGCCUACGCCUGUCCACUGGAGGCCUCUUGGAGUCCAGUAUCGAGCCAAUCCAAAGACUGGGCUGAAGGAACGGGUGCAGGAUGUCCCAAUUCCAAUUUACUACCCUCCAGAGUCCCAGGAUGGUCUGUGGGGUGGAGAGGGCUGGAUAUCAGGCUACAAAUAUGGCAAAAAUGACAAAAUGGCUUCCCGUGUGAAGAAAACCUGGAAACCACAACUGUUUAAGAAAGAACUCUACAGCGAGAUCCUCAAUCACAAGUUCACCAUUUCAGUCACGCCUCGAACUCUGGACCUGAUUGAUGCAGCCUUUGGCUUCGACUUUUACAUCCUAAAAACUCCAAGUAAAGACCUGAACUCCAAACUGGGGAUGGAUCUGAAGAGAGCGAUGCUGCUGCGCCUGGCUCGCAGAGGCACGGAGCUUUACCCCGAUGACCCCGCCAAAAGAGAAAUCAUCUAUAACAGAUACAAGCAGUUUGAGGUCUCAGAAGACGAGGCAGAAUGGCUGGGUCUGACCCUGGAGGAGGCUGUGGAGAAACAGAGGCAGCUGGAAAACAAGGAGCCCGAGCCUCAGUUUAAGACCUGUGUGGAGAAACUUGUGCAGGAGCUCGAGAUGAAGACACUUUUAGAGCCGCAUGUGAAGGGCAAGGAGUAACUCCCCUGAAACUGUCUGAACAGGACGGACUGAAGCGUAAAGUGCGUCGCAGAGUCAGGGGGACUGAGUUACGAUGCUUCAUCGGUGAAGGCAAACUGGGCGAGGAGUUCUGCCAUUUCUUUUUUCAUUUCAAACCUAGAGUCGAGUCAAAGGGAGUUAUUUUUAUUUAUUUGUCAUGAUUUAUUUUGAGGAACAUUUUUAAAAUAUUGCAUAAGAAAUUUCAGAAAUCAAAUGAUAUAAAUAACCCCUGUCCAUCGGUUAAAUAAAAAUAAAACAAAAUUUAUUUCUAUUCAUCUUUGUUUUUCUCCUCUUUAUGAUCAAACCUAAAACGAAUCAGUCGUUCGGAUUAGUUUAGAAGCUUAAAAACGUUCAGAACCAGUGAAACCAUUAGGCAAAACAUCUGCCUGCUUUAUAUUUAUGCUUUUUGUUACUUUUUUUACUUCAAUUUAUUCAACUUUUAUUUAGACUGGUAAAUCCCAUUGAGCCUCGAGUUAUUCGAUUUAUUCUCAAUUUAUUCAGUAAACACAAACAAAUCAGAGACAUCAGGGAUGUCUGAGAAACAGAACCUUGAUGUGUGUAUUUCCAAAACUUUGUUAAAACUUGUCUUAUUGAAAAAAACAAUGAUUCUGAUGUGAGAUUUUACACCAAAAUAAACCCAGUUUGGGCCUCAAAACUGUUUUAUUUUUGAUUAGCUAGUCUAGGAUAAUGGUCAUCCAUUAAUAAAAUAUCAAUGAUGCAACAAACAAGUCAUAGAUUACAUAAGACAACAUAAAGUAAAUAAAUAGUGACGCAG